CUGAAUGGACAGAUUGAAGUAACUGGAGAUCUGCGCAGGGAUCUGCUCUUUUGGAGACCAUUGAAGAACUGGUCCCUUAGUUGUCAGGCUUCUAUCCUACAACUGAUAGCAUAUGGACAGACUGGAGAGGCCCCCUGAAUUCUUUGGAACUCCAUACAGGUGCAAGAUUCUGCCUGUGUGCUUUAAAUUACAGGAUUGGAGCCGAAGUCAGUUUCCUCUCUUGCUGAAAUAAACAUCCCUUUGUGCUCCCUUUACAAAACUUGGACAGGGCAUCAGGAAGAGACACUCACAUAAGAAACUCUCCUUGAAAGGAACGGGGUUGGGCGCUCCAGAGGAACACGCGGAGGACUUGGUGGUUGAUGUGUGCCUAUCGUUAAUCUACACAGAUGCAGCAGAAUGGAGUACGUCACUGUUCCUAUUCAGCCACACGGAAAAAUCUUAAUAUCAAUAAAAAUACAAAGGUUAUCUGCCAGGGUUUUACUGGCAAACAGGGCACCUUUCAUAGCCAACAGGCAUUGGAAUAUGGCACCAAACUAGUAGGUGGAAUAUCCCCAGGGAAGGGGGGCAAAACUCAUCUGGGCCUGCCAGUCUUUAACUCCGUGAAAGAGGCUAAAGAACAAACAGGUGCCACUGCCUCUGUUAUAUAUGUGCCUCCUCCAUUUGCUGCUGCUGCAAUUAACGAAGCUGUUGAUGCAGAAAUCCCCUUAGUUGUGUGUAUUACCGAAGGUAUUCCACAGCAGGAUAUGGUUCGGGUUAAACAUAAGCUGAUCCGUCAGGAUAAGACUCGAUUAGUGGGCCCAAAUUGUCCUGGAGUCAUCAAUCCUGGAGAAUGCAAAAUUGGUAUCAUGCCAGGCCACAUUCACAAGAAAGGAAGAAUUGGUAUUGUGUCGCGGUCUGGCACCCUGACGUAUGAAGCUGUACAUCAGACGACGCAAGUUGGAUUGGGACAGUCCUUCUGUAUUGGGAUUGGAGGAGAUCCAUUCAAUGGAACUAAUUUUAUUGACUGUCUUGAUGUCUUCCUGAAGGAUCCCCAAACAGAGGGGAUAAUAUUGAUUGGUGAGAUUGGAGGCAAUGCUGAAGAAGAUGCAGCAGCGUUCUUGAAGGAAAAUAAUUCCGGUCCAGAUGCCAAGCCUGUAGUGUCAUUCAUAGCUGGUUUGACUGCUCCUCCUGGCAGAAGAAUGGGUCAUGCUGGGGCAAUCAUUGCUGGGGGAAAAGGUGGUGCUAAAGAGAAAAUCGCUGCUCUUCAAAAUGCUGGCGUUGUUGUCAGUAUGUCUCCUGCUCAGCUGGGUAGCACUAUACACAAGGAGUUUGAGAAGAGGAAACUGCUGUAAAACCCCUGGAACAUUGUCACAGAAAAGUCAAGACAGCACCUUGCCUCUAUAUAUCUGUCGUCCACUAAUCUUCAGCUGCCUGAAUGUGACUGAUACUUGGUUUCAAUUUGACUUUAAAGUCAUAAACUUUAUUUCAAUGUUUCCUGCUCAGAAAUGGUCACCUGAUUGUACGUCAUAGCAAAUUAAUAAAUCUACCACUAAAUUUGAUUUUUGAAUUCCUGAAGCUCAGUGAUUUUUUUUCUCAUUGCAAGACAUUUUUUUUUAAUUAAAUUUUAUUUUUUAAGAGGAGGGAAAAAACAGCACAAACCUAUCCGGAAGCAUUUGAGAGUAUUUUUAUAGCUUUAGAUUUACAUACUCAUUGCACUCUGAGUUAAUGUAGCUUGUACAAAGAUGCAUUGAGUGAGGUAAGUUACCCACUUUGCAAGCACACACAUUUUAAAAACCAAGCAGUCUUACUUGCUCAUUACUGACUAGUAAAUAGUUUAUCUGAGCUUUAGGCAAAAGUUGAUGCCAUCCACUGAAUUACUGCUCUUGGAUCCACAGGGUGUGUCCUGCUGAUCCUUGCAGCUGGAUAUGUUGAUAUACGUCCACAUGUAUUGUUCAGAGCUGCUGAACUAUACAGAGCAUAGCCCCACAUUAGUGAGGGGCUUGUUAUUUUGUGUAAUUUCUGGGGAAAGCUUCAGAGUGUUUUGUCUUCCUUUUAAUGACAAGGAUUACACUUGUCCAGAGUGGAGCCAAUGCCCCGUAAACGCUUUGAUAUUUCAGAGUUAUAUUUAUGUUCAUAAGAGUUUAAAUCAUAGUUUCCCAUGAAAAUGCAUAUUCAUACUGUGUGUAACUUGGAAAUCAAAUUAUUUCUGCUUAUAUUACCUUAACUUUUCUUCUUUUAACCUUAGACAGAUGGUCCUUUGCUUUGAAUGUUUUGACAUACUGAUACUGCUGCAGU